GACCCGUCGCUGGCGGGGUCCUCCUUUGUGCGGCGGCCGCUCGCGGAUCCACCGCUAGGGGGCAGCGUGCGCCCCCGCAGACCCCGACAAUAGGCGAGGCUGGGGAGCCGUGCGGUCCAGGAACUUUCCCUGGAGUCUCCGGGAGGCUCGGCUAGGCCAUGGAGGAGGCGGCUAGCGCUGCACCCCCUCUCUGGAACUGGGACUACCUGGACCGCUGCUUCGCCCGCCGCCGUGUCUGCAUCUCCUUCGGCCUGUGGAUCUGCGCCGCCUGCUGCUGGAUCGCCGCCCACGCGCUGAUUCUCUACCUGAGAUGCACAAAGAAAUGUGGCCGGAACCAGUCCCCACUGUGCGCCGCCUUCUGCCUCCUGACCAGUCUGUGUGACACCGUGGGCGCGAUUCUGGCCAGACAGCUCACGAUCCAGGUGUUCACAGGGGCCUACCUAGCAGCUGUUGACUUCGUGAACUUUAUGUCCGUUCUCUUCCCUGUCUGUGGAUCCAAAUCCAAGCCGAAGUCUGGCAGGAACAGCAGGGAGAGGAGGAGACGGCAUCUCAGAGCCAACGUGUUUGCCCUGGCUCUGCCGCUGAGCCUGGGUCCCGGCUGGGCAAUCUGGGCUUCUGUCCCUAAGGCUUCGGCUCCAGUCCGAGGGCCACAGCGGAGGCUGCUGGGAGACCUUCUGCAGGAAAACCCGGAAGUCUUCGGCUACCUGCUGGGUGGCAUUGCUGCCUUCGGCUCCUGGGCAUCCCGGAUCCCUCCGUUCUCCAAUAUUUGUCGAGGGAAGUCACUCUCCUACAUCCACCUGUGGACUCGGUUCCUGUCAGCUCUGGCUGGCCUCCUCUACGCUUCCGCUAUUGUGGCCCAUGACCGGCAGCCUGAAUACCUCCUCCAGGCCACACCCUGGUUCCUCAUUUCACUGGGCCGGGCUGCGCUGGACCUCGCUAUCAUCUUUCUGUCCUGUGUGAUAAAGAGCAGGAUGAGACGGGCCUUCGGAUUCGCUGCGGAAGCCAGAGAGAGCGCCGACACACAAGCCCUUUUGACCUGUGCAGAGAAGGAAGAAGAAAACCUGGAGGCCAGCACUGAGGACAAGAACUCAGACUGGGUACCUCUCACCAGCCUGUCACACUGCAAGCCCCUGAGGACAAUGACAGCCAUCAGUCGCUACAUGGAGCUGACCAUUGAGCCUGUGCAGCAGGCAGGCUGUAGUGCCACUAGGCUCCCAGGGGACGGACAGACAAGCACUGGAGAUGCCUCCUUGGAGGAGCCUCCCUCUUACCCUCCCAUUCAGGUCAUCCAGGCCCGCGUGUCUUGCAGCAGCUCGUCGGAAGUCUCCUCCGUCAACUCCGACCUGGAGUGGGACCCUGAAGAUGUCAACCUUGAGAGGAAUGAGGAUGACAUGGAACUCCUUAGACCCCAGGCAGACAGGAGCUCUUUGAGCCCGGUGGACCUGACCUCGGAUGUCUGACAUUUUCAGGAGCCUGCCCAUCAGUUCAAAACUCAAGGUCAGGCAUCUGCCAGUGACUAGGUGGGGACCCACCUACAGUGCCACCCAAGGCAGGAAUGGAAGUCGCUGCAGAAACUUCCCAGGGAG